AUGUCUGCUUACUACAGGAAUAAUGGGUAUGAAGAAGAUCCAGAUUACCCUGACUAUUCAGGGUCUCGAAACCAUACACAGGCGAAUUUGAAAACUCAAGAUUAUCCAGAUUAUCCAGGUCCCCUGAACAAUGCAGACUAUCCCAGCACCAGGAACAACCCAUUCUCUGCAAGCUCCAAAACAAACUUAGACUAUCUGGGAUCUCUGGCAGAGCCAGAUUAUCUUGGAUCUCAGAGUAAUCCAAACUAUACCAGUACCAGGAGAAAUCCAUAUGCUGAAGUCUCCAGAACCAAUCCAGACUAUCCUAGAGCUUUGGCAGAGCCAAAUUAUAUCGAAUCUUUGAGCAGUCCAUACCAUCCAAGCUCAUCCAGAGAGCCAGACUACCCUAGAUCUCAACAAAAUCGUGAUCUUACAAGUUCUGGAAUCAGUAGAAGCUAUGCAGCCUUCAGAACAAAUCCAGAUUAUUUUGGAUCAUCGGAAGGACCCGACUACUCUGGAGCUCAGAUGACAUCUAACUAUCCUGGCUCCAGAGCCAAUUCCAACUAUCAAGUUUCCAGAAAGAAUCCAGAAUAUGCUAGCUCCAGAAUCAGUCCAUAUAUGUACUCCCUAGAAGAGCCUGAUUAUCCAGGUGCUGAGAAUCAACCUAACUCUCCAAGCACUUUUGGGAAACCAGACUAUCCUGUUUCUGAGGAUUAUCAGAAGUCUCUAAACUUUUGGGAGGAGCCUGAUUACCCAGGUGCUGAGGACAGUCAUGAUUCUGCCUCUUCUGAGGGCCCAGAAAUGACCAGGGGAGUACUCAGAAGAACAUCUCAAAUCCAGCCUUCAGUCCAUCAGGGUGAUGGCACCUUGGGCAUCAUUGGGAGAGAGAAUGGAGAUUGCCCAGAAAGCACUGAAAUGACAUCCAUGGAAAUGAAAAACCCAUAUAGCCACUUUGAGCCAUGUGUUUCUGAAAAUGGUUAUGUAAACCUUGCUUAUACAGAUGAAAGUACCCCCAGACAUGCUUAUGGAAGCCAGCUAUUGUCCGGACAUGAUUGGCACACAUCACCCCAAGGACAAAAGUUAAUUGCUUCCCUGAUACCUUUGACCCCAAGAGACAGAAAUAAAGCCAUUAGAAACCAGCCGAGGACCAUGGAAGAGAAGAGGAACCUAAGGAAAAUGGUUGACAAGGAGAAAAGUAAACAGUCUCACCGUUCCCUUAAGCUCAAUGGCUGCUCUCAGUGUCUGAACUCCAUUUCACUGGUUUACCGGAGAUCCAGAAACAACAUGUCAGAACUCCUCAACUCCAUCAGCCUGUGGCAGAAGACGCUGAAGGUCAUUGGAGGCAAAUUUGGAACCAGUGUUCUAUCCUAUUUUAACUUUCUGAAGUGGCUUUUGAAGUUCAACAUUUUCUUGUUCAUUGUGAACUUCAGCUUCAUCAUAAUCCCUCAGUUUACCGUGGCUGAAAAGAACACCCUCCAAUUCACUGGGCUGGAAUUUUUAACUGGAGGGGGUUAUUUUCAGGACACAGUGAUGUACUAUGGCUUUUACACCAAUUCUACAAUCCAGCAUGAGAGCAGUAGGGCGUCCUACAACAUGCAGCUGGCCUAUAUCUUCACAAUCGGAGCAUGCUUGAUCAUCUGCUUUUUCAGUUUGCUAUACAGUAUGGCCAAGUAUUUCCGGAACAACUUCAUUAACCCCUACAUUUACUCCAGAGGGAUUGCUAAGCUUAUCUUUUGCUGGGACUUCACCAUCACUCAUGAAAAAGCCGUGAAGCUGAAACAGAAGAACCUCAGCACUGAGAUAAGGGAGAACCUGUCAGAAAUUCUACAGGAGAAUGUCAAGUUGACACUAAAUCAGCAGCUGACCCACUUGUCCACCUAUGCAGUAGCCUGGGUUGUCUCCACUGGUGUGGCCAUCGCCUGCUGUGUAGCCGUUUACUACCUAGCUGAGGACAACUCAAAGUUCCUGAAAAACCAUAGAGACCCUGGGGCGGUGCUGUUAUUGCCUUUUGUCGUAUCCUGCAUCAACCUGGUUGUACCACGCUUCUAUUCCAUGUUCGGGCUGGUGGAGAGGUAUGAGAUGCCACGGCAUGAAGUCUACACCCUUCUGAUCCGAAACUUCUUUCUGAAAAUAUCCAUCAUUGGAAUUCUGUGUUAUUAUUGGCUCAACAUUGUGGCCCUGUCUGGUGAAGAGUGUUGGGAAACCUUCAUCGGCCAGGAAAUCUACAGGCUCCUUCUGAUGGAUUUCGUGUUCUCUUUAGCUGAUUCCUUUCUUGGGGAGUUUCUGAGGAGAAUCAUUGGAAAGCGACUUAUCACAAGCCUGGGCUUGCAGGAGUUUGACAUUGCCAGAAAUGUUCUGGAACUGAUCUAUGCACAGACCCUGGUGUGGAUUGGAAUCUUCUUCUGCCCUCUGCUGCCCUUUAUCCAAAUGAUUGCUCUUUUCAUCAUGUUUUAUGUCAAAAAUAUCAGCCUGAUGAUGAACUUUCAACCUCCAAGCAAAGCCUGGCGGGCCUCACAGAUGAUGACUUUGUUUAUCUUCUUGCUCUUUUUCCCGUCCUUUACCGGAGUCCUGUGCACCCUGGCCAUCACCAUCUGGAGGUAG